CCGAUCCACAAUAAUGGCAAAACCGGCACUCAUUGCACUCGCCUUAGCCGCCUUCGUAGUAAUACUAUUUACCGAGGUUUCUUCUCAUAGAACCACCAUCACGACCACCACUACUACAAAUGAUGACAACCCAUUUUGGGAUCAACCACAAUAUUGCCAACGUCAGAUUCCGAUCCAAGAGGUUAACUAUUGCCAAAUGCACCUCACUCAAGGAAUCAUUUCAUCACUCGAUAUGGUCGUUGAGAACCGAAGACCAUCAAAGCAGACACAACAAGGACUAAGACAACAAUGUUGUAACCAGCUAAACCGCGUGGAGGCAGAGUGCCAGUGCAAUGCGAUCCAGAUAGCGUAUGAUGAAGCAAGAGUACAAGGUGAUGUCAUACAGAUGCGACAGAUGUUGAGCAAGGCUUACAGUCUCAUGAAAGACUGCGAUUUGCAAGUCCAAGAUUGCGCGAUUGCAAGCCCAAGGGUUUAAGUUUAAGUUUAAGAUUAUAUAUAUGUAUGGAUGAGCGAAUGUAUGUAUGUAUGUCAUAAUAACAAUGGGCUGCUUAUUAAUAAGAAGCUUUUUGGCUUCAUAUGUCAAGUGAUCACUCGUUGUAAUCAAACACAAUC